CGGGGAGGGCGGGAGCGAGCGGAGCCCGCAGCGAGCAGCGCCCGGGCCGCCGCCGCCGCCGCCUCCCUGCGCAGCGCCCGCACCGACCCCGCAGCGCCAUGGCGGCCGCGGCCGCCGAGCCCAGCACCGGCCGCUACCAGCAGCUGCAGAAUGAAGAGGAGCCGGGCGAGGCCGUGCCGGUGGUGAACGAUGCCCCUCCACCCUACAGCAGCAUUUCUGCAGAGAGCACAGCUUAUUUUGAUUACAAGGAUGAGUCAGGCUUCCCAAAGCCACCGUCCUAUAACGUGGCCACCACUCUGCCCAGCUACGAUGAGGCUGAGAGGAGCAAGGCUGAGGCCACCAUCCCCUUGGUUCCUGGCAGGGAUGAAGAUUUUGUGACACGAGAUGACUUUGAUGACACUGACCAGCUGAGGAUAGGAAAUGAUGGCAUUUUCAUGCUGACUUUCUUCAUGGCAUUCCUCUUCAACUGGAUUGGAUUUUUCCUGUCUUUCUGUCUGACUACUUCAGCUGCAGGACGAUAUGGGGCCAUUUCUGGGUUUGGUCUGUCUCUUAUUAAAUGGAUCCUUAUUGUCAGGUUCUCCACCUAUUUUCCUGGUUACUUCGAUGGCCAGUACUGGCUUUGGUGGGUCUUCCUUGUACUAGGUUUUCUGCUGUUUCUCAGAGGAUUUAUUAAUUAUGCAAAGGUCAGGAAGAUGCCAGAUACGUUUUCCACUCUCCCCAGAACCAGAGUUCUCUUUAUUUACUAAAGAUGUUUUCUGGCAAAUGUCUUCCUGCAUUAGUGAAAUCCCCCCCAAGAAGCAGCAGGACACCUGCAGGAAGUGAAUCAAGGCUCUGGAGCAGAAGAAAAAAAUAAUCACCUGCUUUAAAAUAAAUAAAUAAAAGUACUGUUGGAAAAAG